UUGGGGAGUAGGCGGGGCGCCGUGCGGAGGACAGAGGGAAGACGAAUAGGCCAGAGGGAUGCAAAGCCACAACCCAGAGGCAGAGACACAGAGACUGAGACACCUUCAGAGACAGGGGAAGAAACACAAAGCGAGACAGGGCGAGGUCGGUGUAGCGGCGGCGCACUGAGGCGGCGGCCCUCCGGGACCAGCCCCCACCCGGCCCUACUAGCGUCACCUCGCCCACCACUGAGCGGGUCUUCUGCGUGCAACGGGCUCCCAGUCCGGCCCCGCCCCCUCCUGUCGCCCUGGGGCUGUUUAACCCUUGAGUGCCAGUCCCCAGCGCCGCGGCAGAGCCCCUCCAGCAGCGGCUGGUGGGCGCUGGUGCUCGGCUUCCUGCCGCCCCGCGGCUGCGCGCUGCGCCGGGAGCUGACCGUGGUACUGAGCGCGCGACUCGGCUAGCACACCGCGCGGGUGCUGGGACCGCCGCGCCCUGCGACACUCCGGGGCCCCAGCGAUCCACCCACUCAUUAGAAGAUCAUUGUGGCACUUCAUUGACCUCAGGAUAAGGCCAGAUACCCCAGCUGUGCCAGGACAAGCAAGUCUUGAGCACUCUUGCUACCUUACCCCACUUCCACCCCCAGGGCAGACCCCAGUGCCUUUCCCAUGGAACUCAGCCUGGACAUGAGAAACCUUCUCUGGAUGACACUACAGACACCAAUAUCUGUCAUCGCCGGGGUCACUGGAAGCAUGGAGCUGAAGAGGGGAAAGACCUUCAUCAAAUCCAGCUUGCAGAUUUCCCAUGAGAAACCCCCAGACCCUGCAGCCACUGCUGUAACCAGGGAGGAUGCAGGUCCCUGGUCAGUCUCGUUGGGAGGGCAGCAGAGACCGCAUUGUGAGAAGGGUUCUGAAGCCAGCUCCAGCAUCCAAGGGUAUGAUCGGUGCCUCAACAAAGGGGCACAGACUGACCCUGAAGGAGGUCAAGCCACCUUCAAAUUGGUACGGAAGAGCAAGACUCAUGAGAGUGUUCCAGGGGCCAGCAAGGCAGCAACCACCCCAGGACAGCUGGUGGGUAGCGCAAGCUUCCCAGGGCCCUCUGGCAGCCAGCGCAUGAUUGACUACCGCCACUUUGUGCCCCAGAUGCCCUUUGUGCCAGCUGUGGCCAAGAGCAUCCCAAGGAAGAGGAUUUCCCUGAAACGGCCCAAGAAGUGCUUCCGGAACCUAUUCCACAUCCGCAGAAACAAGACAGAGAACUUGGCCUCACUGGCAGCCAAAGGGAAGAGCCUGUCCUCCCCGGGGGACCCAUCGGAUGCUGCAAGGCAGAGAGGCAAAACCUUCUUUUCCCAGGGCGAGGGGCUGGGGCUGGACGACGUGUGCCAGGACCUGUCUGACAGUGAGUUCCUGCCUGACUCACCCUUCGACCUCUGCAGUGCCCUGUGCGAGGAUGUAGCCUCCCUGAAGAGCUUUGACUCACUCACAGGCUGCGGGGAGAUCUUUGCAGAUGAGAGCUCGUUGCCACCCCUGGAGCUGAGUGAAGGCCCCGAGAGCCCAGGUCGGGUGUCCCAAGCCUUGGAAAGCAAGGAUCCCAGGGGCCCUUCCCAAGACAGUGUGGAACAGCUGGCAUCACCUGCCCAGAAUGAGGUGUUGGAUUUCACCAAGUUCUGGGACAGUGUGAAUCGCUCUGUGAGGCAGCAGCAGCGUGCCCUGCUAGGCCCGUGGCUGGUGGGUCCUCAGGGAACAAACACAGACCAACCCAGGCUGGAUGUAACUGGGUUGGCAGAGUUGCCCCUGUUUCCCUGCAGGGGCCCCCCAAGUGGCUCCAAAGCCAGCUCUGUAGACACAGGCACCCCCAAAAGUGAGCAGCCAGAAUCUGUGUCUACGAGUGAUGAGGGUUAUUAUGACUCCUUCUCCCCCGGCCUUGAGGAGGAUAAGAAAGAGGCCCCAAGCCCAGGAACACCUGCAGCUGCCUUCCCUAGGGACAGUUACAGUGGGGAUGCCCUUUAUGAGCUCUUCUAUGACCCCAGUGAGGCUCCUGUCGGCCCAAGCCUGGACGAUGACUUGUGUGUGUCUGAGAGUCUGUCGGGACCAGCCUUGGGGACACCACUGUCCAUGUGUAGCUUCCAUGUGGGGGCUGAGGAGAACCUGGCCCCAGCACCAGGCCCUGACUUGCUUAGCCAAGGCUUCCUGCAAAGCUCUUGGAAGGGCAAGGAGUGCCUGCUAAAGCUCUGUGACACAGAGCUCGCUAUCACCAUGGGCAUUGUCAACUGGCUUCGCCGAGCUCCACCUGCCCCAGCCCCUGCCCCUGGGGAGCCUGCAACCUCAUCUGGCCCACAGAGGGCCCCUAGAGGACCGGCAGAGAAGCUAGAGGGCAGCGGGGAACAGGCCUCCGAUGCAGGCAGGGCCACAGUGUGCUCAGCACCUAGCAGACAGCAGCUGUGGGCUCACCCAGGCACUAAAGGCCUGCGUGUCAAAGAGAGUAGUGUCCCAGAGGAGACUGUAAGGGGGACUGGCACCCCCUCCAAGAACUCCUCUCUAGAAGAAGAGACACAAGGCUACCCUAAUGGCUUGAUCUCCUCUGUGGGGUCUUCAGCCUCUACAAGAGACAUUUCCAGUAAAGGCAAGGCUCCCAGCUCCACGGCCUGGCCUGGCUCACAGAAGGAACCCAGGCCACCUGAGAACCUGAGGAAUUCUCAAGGGCCAUGGAGGCCAGGUCCUGGGGGAAGUGCUCUGGAUGCAGGGCCCACCUUGGCUGGCUAUGUGGCCCGCAUGGCAGCCUUGCAGAUCCACCCAGACAGCCAGCCUCCAAGGCAGGACAUAGGCAGUGGACCCUUCAGGCCGUCUCCAGCCUGGGGCCCUGACCUUCUGCAGCAGAAACAGACCAGCAGUUCUCCCAAUGGGGUAGCUGUCUGUGGCCUUCCCAUCCAGAACAGCCCACAGGACCAGAGAUGUCCAGGCCUCAUCCUGAACCUGAGCCAGCUCAAAUUGGAACCCACCAGACUGGGUGCCCAGACCUGUGCCUCCGUGGAGGGCCAGUCACUACAGCUCAGUCCCAGGGCUGUGGCACAGGCAGGAGGACACAGGGGUCAGCUGGACUCUGAAUCUCCCUCAGGCCCUACUGCUGGGCGGAACCCCCGGGGAUAUCCCCCAGAAAUCCUGGGCCUCACUUUGAACAGUCAGCGGUAGGUGGGCUCCUCUGCAAGUGUCCUCACAUGCCGCUACGGUCUCCUGACCCAAGAAGGCCUCCCUUGAGGCUGGUUGGAAGUUGGGGCUUCCAGGCAAACCAUGACGGAGCCCCAUCUGUAAAACAAGCUCACCCUCCUCAGGAGCUGCAUCUUCACAGUCAUAUUCAGGAGAACCAAGGAAACCAAAUUUCCACCUUUUGUCUGAAAUUGGAGGACUGUGUUGGGGGGAGGGGGCAGGACUCAAUCAAAUGGGGGGAGGGGUGGAUUUUCAUGCGGAGGCAUUCGUGCCUGAAUCCAAAGUCAAGGACAAUUCAAAACUGUGAACACCUAGCUGCUCCUCAUGCAGUAUGUCAGAGAGGAGUUCAGACUUGGGACCAAUGGGGGAAAAAAAAUGGUCCACACUGUAAAAUGAGAGGAGGCUAAGAGAGCCUAUGUUUCUGCAUGGGUAUGAGAGAAGGGUGAGGUUCAAGGCCUGGAGCAGGAAACAGAUGGGGGUGAGUGAGCAUCAAAAGGCUUGUGCUAGGGACUAUGAAGCCAAACCAGUCCCAUCCCAGCAAGAGCCCUGAAUCAGCCAAGGUCCUGCAUUAUUAUGCAACACUGCCAGGGCUAGCCAAAACUUGCCAACCCUUGCUGAUGGGUGUUACUGGAUUUUCUGUGACAAAUUAACCUGUGUGAGUAAUGAUUUCCUUCAACUUGCACUCUCCAAGCCACGGAGAGCCAAAUGCUCUUUGAGAAGAAGCCCAUUUUUUUUUCUUCCCAAAUCUGUAAUUCUACAUUUUAGUGGCAAAGGCCUUUCUCUCUGCCCCCUCCACACUCUCAGCACCCCCAUUCCCUCUUUCAGUGGGUUGUGCCCCCACUCCAAAGGCCACAGCACAAAAACAUUCAGAACCAUGAAGGGAGAAGACAGCUGGUGUCCCCAGGAAGGGCAGUUGUCCCUUCUGGCCCAGUGUCAGGGAAGCAGGUGCAAGGACAGACGACCCACUUGCUUUCUACAGGAUUAACUUCUAUCUCAGCCAAAACACUGCAGUCAGAGGCAAAGGAUGGGGCACCACAGGCAGCUGUGAAAUUUGUUUCCAGGGGAAAGUGGGUAGAUCAGAUUGUAGACAAACUGUAAGAGAAAUCACCUUUCAUGAAUAGCUUCCAUGGGUAGCGAAGAGAGAUGCACCAGUCCCAACUGUGGGAAGAAGACAGAGGAGGAAUUCCAUACAAAGACUGCAGUCCCAUAAGUUAGAACAGAGAUGGUGCCUCUCCUGAAUGCCUGACAUUUGAUUUCAGUCUAGAAUUUCUGUGGCCUUCAUUCAGCAGCUCACUGAGACAUGCUGUGUGCAGGAUGUAGGCUGGAUACUGCAGGUUUAAAAAGGUACAGAACUGCUCUUGAUUGGGCCCAUCCAGAUCUGGGACAAGGGGGAGGUUUAAGGCCACCUCUCCUGCACAGCCACAUCUGAAUCGUCCUUCCAGGCCCCACACACAUGAUCACAACGUUAAUGAGCCUGGCUGUGAGCAGGUUUAUGUGGGGAUCAGUCUGCCCGAACCCUGCAUCAUCCUAAAAAUGCAAUUCUUAUCCUUUUCAGAUCUCAACACAGAUGCAGAGUCCCGUGUGACUUGCCCAUGGACACAUAACAGAUAGCGUGUGGGGUUGGUCAGGUUACCAUGCCACUCCUGGUUCCAAAAGCCCUGCUCUUUGGCAGGCUCUGGAAUCUCUUGCUGAAUCCUUACAGCAAAAGCCCACCUCAGAGCCUUCCCCCAUCUUUCCUCCAGGCCGUUGAUGUCUGGGCACCCAAGGGUGCCAGCCACAUGUCUUUCUGGAAGCAGGCUGAGACCCCAGGGAGAGUCUACCCUCCCUCAAUCAUAGCCUUUGUAUUGUAUCUGGCUUUGUAUUGUAUCUGACAGAGUGAGUGCUCAGUAAAUAUGUGUUGAAAGAAUGAA